AUGGCGGGACAGAAGCAAGCCAUGGUAGAAGCUGAAACAGAGACUGCGGAGUACAAAACCAGUACUGAGCAUGGAUUCGAGAAGAAACUGGAAGAGACACGUGGGUAUUCAUGUGCAAACGUGAAGAGGUUUAAGCAAGAGAGUGGUGCCAAGAUCGAGCAAUUGAAGAACAAAGCUUCGAGGAUAUCUAAAGUGAUAUUUCGCAAGCAAACCAUCGUCGGUUAA